UACACGUAUCAUGUGAUUUGCUCUUGCUGGCGAAAUUCUGCUUGCGAGUAGCUAUGACAGAAUAAUUAUAACGACACACUUUGAGCGGGCGUUUAAAGAAAAACCGUUAUAUUUAGAAGCGAACGCGUUAGCCACAGGCGCCCGCACAAGAUGCAGAACGUGAUAAACACGAUGAAAGGCACGGCGCUCGGAGUGGCGGAGUUCCUCACUCCGGUGCUGAAGGAAUCGAAGUUCAAAGAGACUGGAGUCAUUACACCAGAAGAGUUUGUUGCAGCCGGAGAUCACUUGGUUCACCACUGCCCCACAUGGAAAUGGGCCUCGGGAGAAGAGGUCAAAGUGAAGCCAUAUUUGCCCCCAGAUAAACAGUUUCUCCUGACGCGCAAUGUUCCCUGUUACAAGCGUUGUAAACAGAUGGAGUAUUCAGACGAGCUGGAAGCCAUCAUAGAGGAGGAUGAUGGAGACGGGGGAUGGGUGGACACGUACCACAACUCAGGCUUGUUAGGAGCCACAGAUGCUGUACGAGAAAUUUCACUGGACAAUAAUAAGGACAAGAACAUGAAUGCCACGUCUGCAGCAUGCUUUGCUGAUGAUGAUGAUGAUGAUGAAGAAGAUGCAGAUGGGGAAGCAGCAGAUAUGGAAGAAUAUGAGGAGAGUGGCCUGUUGGAGACGGAUGAGGCGACCCUGGACACCAGUAAAAUGGUAGAAACUAAAGCCAAAGCGGAGCCCGGGAGUGAAGAUGCCAUCCUUCAGACCAGAACAUAUGACCUGUACAUCACAUAUGAUAAAUACUACCAGACUCCUCGACUCUGGCUGUUUGGAUAUGACGAAGACAGGCAACCGCUGACUGUAGAACAGAUGUACGAGGACAUCAGCCAGGACCACGUGAAGAAGACGGUCACCAUCGAGAACCACCCCAACCUUCCUCCACCUGCCAUGUGCUCCGUCCACCCCUGCAGACAUGCAGAAGUGAUGAAGAAGAUCAUCGAGACGGUGGCAGAAGGCGGAGGAGAGCUGGGCGUGCACGUGUAUCUUCUGAUUUUCCUCAAGUUUGUUCAGGCUGUCAUCCCCACAAUAGAAUAUGACUACACCAGACACUUCACCAUGUAGCUGCACCCGGUGAACAGCUUCGGCCAUUUCAGCAUCUGCACACGGGAGAAGAUGGGAGAUUUUUAUGUGGUCUGCUGAGAUUGUGUUACCCUGAGGACAUUUGGUGUGCGUGCAGGACGUUGGGGAAUGUUCAAGGCAUGUUUCAGUUGACGAUAAAGUCUGAUGUUUGGGGACACAGGCUUGUUUUCCAUGACACCCAGGGUCAGAUAAGUUCCACCAGUUUUUGUGUCUCGUACAGAGAUAGGUGUGUUUUGUCUGAGAGGUUCAUGUGUUAUCUUUUUAUUUAACUUACGGAAAAAUAAGACUCGGCUAACCACAUCCUGGACACAUCUCUGUACCAUACACACACAUGUUCACACACAAAAUUCAUCCAUCUUGUCAUUUGGCUCUGGGAUGAGACUGCAGACAAGGUGUGGUAACCUCUCACCAAGUUCCUGUAAGAAGAUUACAAAACUCACCCCAUUCCACUCUGCUCCCUUGCUUCAGGUUUCAGAACAUAAAUUAAACUCUGGUUGUGCAAAGUGUCACUUCCUUGAGUUUUUUUGAAAACGGCCUGUUUUAGACAGAUCCAUGUGCACACACUGAAUACAGUUAUCUUUACUUCUUCUCCUUUAUUAAGACAGAGAUAAGUAAAGCUGCAUUAAGUGGUGUCUUUCUUUUUCCUGCCCGUUAACACAUCCAAUAAACAGAGCAACUCUGCUGUGUCCAAAGGAUGAAUGUAAGUCCAGUACUCUCUUUACUUUUAGCUCCAAUUUGGUCUCCACCAUCUCUUGAGGGAAAUAUCUGGCUCUUUGGCCCGAACAUCAUGGACAAGUACAAAUAAUAUGCAGAAAGACAUGUUUCAAAUCUGUGGAUUUAGACAGAUACUGGUAGAAAACAUGCACAUCUUUCUAAAACAUCAGUGAACCUGACGGCAGCAUCGACGAGAUUCUUGACUAUUAAUAACAACAUUGCUCACACGCUGUACUGCAGUGAUUAACAUGGCCUCCAUUCUAAUGCACUUUGCAGGAGUCAUGGCUGAAUGUCAUUAUUAUAAAUCGUCCCUUUUCAUGCCAGUUUGUCUUAAAACUUCAUUCUCUGAAUGUGUUGACGGCCUGACCCGUUUGUUCCCCUGUGGUUCUGUGGUCGACUUUUAUGCUUUUUAUUUUCUUUCUCGUGUUUUACAAACUGGACAGUUCUUUCUCUGCAGCUUGUUUCAAAACAUUGGGGCAUAUUUUUUUUUUCAGCCUUGCUUGUACGCGUGAUGUUUCACUCCCCACUCUGUCCAACGACCAUAUUCAGUUGGCUGUGACCUCAGUUGUGCAGCUCUUUCACUAAACAUCCAGAGGACUCUUAUUGUCACGAGCCCGUCAGCGGACAACCAUAAAUCCUUCAAAGAAUCUUCUUGGUGGUGAAGUUUAUGAAAUUGCUGAUUGUAAUAAUGACAUGUUUCUCACAGUACUUACUCAACUAAAUGAAUUUACAAGCUCCUGCUGUGAUUCCUGCUUUGCUUUCCUCGUCUGUUUGGGUGGAUAAAAUAUUUUCGCUGUACUGCCUGUUGCUCCAGUGUCCUGAUGUAACACGCUGAGUGGUAACAUAUUAAACAAAUUCACAUUUAUCAAUAAAGAGUUUCCCAACUAUUGUAAACACAA